AUGAAUUCUCCAUUAAUGUUGGCUCAGAGAGGGCUCUGCUCAGAUUCUUUGAAUUAUUCUAACCUAAUUUGAGACCUAAAUAUUGAUGUUGAUUUAUGUUUAUUAUUGCUCAGUAGUUUCGAUAUUUAACAUUUUUUAAUAUUUUGUGAUUACGAGCAAAUUAGAUAUGAAUAAAGUCUUUUGAAGGAUUUUAGCAGAACGUUGCACGAAUUGUCUGAUCAAACACAGCUACAAGUGCAAACAUAAGCCACGAUGACGCCGCCGAUGGAAAGAAUUCAGAUUUUAGAAACUAUCGAAAAAGACAUUAUAGUAUGUUUACAAAGCGCAGGGCAAGCGUGCAUGGAACUGAGCAAGGAAAAAUCAAGCUUAAAACAGGCAGAAUCACAGACACACCAAUUUUUGAAAACUCUAGGACAAUUGGAAAGUAAAUUAAGCGAUCAAAUUAAUUAUCUCACCCAGGUUUCUACUGGUCAACCACACGAAGGUUCAGGAUAUGCAAGUCAAAAAGUUCUACAAAUGGCAUGGCACAGAUUGGAGCACGCGCGAAGUAGAGUUAACGAAUUGGAACGUAUAAAGAAUAAAUUACGAUAAGUACAUAAUUUUUCUCAAUUCAAAAUAUGUAUAUAUAGCAAUGUUUACUGUGUGACAUCUCUUCAAUAUAAUUAUAAUAAAUUUAUAAACUUUUCUUAA